CUGUUACGCCGAUUGUUUGCAUCGUCUUACUGUGUCGCUCGUACGUUCGCACGCUCGCUUGCUCCGCCGUACGUUCGAUCGAAAUGCCAGUUGUUUUAGUAUGUUAGCUAGUAGCCGCUUGCUGCUGUUGAGUUACUCGUAGUACACUCACCCACCGGCCCGCCGUCGUCAAUCAGUGUUGUCAGCAAGUUUCACCACUCACUGGUUUAGUUUAUCAAUUCGCGUACGCACGGAACGAUUCGAAGUGUUCAAUUAAUUUGAGCUGAAAACAAAAAAGUGAUAGAUUUAAUAAAUUUAUAAAACUUCAUAUUUACUAACUAAACGCGACUUUUUAGUGGGGACAACGAAAUUCUUGAGACACAAAACCAAAAAAAAAAAACGCGUCUGUGUACAAAAAAAUAAACAGAAAAAUCGCGCGAGAGCAACAUAAUUUUGAAUUUGCGUCGGCAAGUGUAUGAAAGAAAAAUUGGAAAGGUGCAAAGCACCAACAGCUUUAAAAACUCACCAUUUGACCGCAAAACUAUCGGCUUUAAAUGGGAUUAACUAAUUGGAAAGUGCAGUGAUUUGCAUUAAUUAAAAUAGAAUAAAUCCAGCAAUAAAACAAAAAAUACACACUCUUACACAAUAAGUGCAAAAAAGUGAUCGGUGAUUUCCCACUUAUGCCACGCCGAUAGUUAAUUGUGUGAUAAAAAUGCAGUUUUCUAUAACAAUCAGCCGAAAGCGUGCAUGUUAACCAAAGCGAAUGCAAGCAAAAAAUCGAAUUGAAUAAUUGUUUGCGGUCUUGUGCCGAUGCUUGCAUAGAAAAUCGAAAUAGCUUUAAUUUUUUUUUAAUUUCGUCAAAUCAUAACAUUAAAUGACAGUGCACAGUAAUGACAGUGGUGUGUGUUUAGUAAUGAACGCCGUUUCAACUCGACUGACUGCAUCGCCCACAGCCGCCACCGCACAGCCCGUCGCACCGAUCCAGCAACACCCAACGAACCUCAGCACCACCGCACACACCGCCGCCGCUGCUAACGCGCCGCAACCCACACUCACCGCAUCGGUUGCGUCCGCUGUCGCAGCUGCUGCCGCCGCCGCUGCCGCUGCAGCCGCAGCUGGCGCUGUAUUACCACCACCCACCACCACCGGUCAUCACAGUCACGCGAACGUCAGCGUCGUGCCACCGAAAGGCAGCACGUCCACAUCAGCAACGCCGCUAACCAUCACCUCCGCCGCCGCCGCUGCCGCUGCUGCAGCAGCCGCCCAUCACCACAGCGCCAGCAAUCCAAUGGCGGUAACAUCGACAGUGCCGCCGGGCGCACGCUCGAUAUCGCCGUGUUCAGCAGCUGCCACGCCUUAUGGCAGCAGCAGUAUACCGGGUGGAGCUAGCCUCAAUGCAAGUGGGCCUGGUAGUGGCGUUACGGUUUCGGUGAUAGGACCACCUGGUAGUGGGCCGCCGGGUUUGCCACCAAGUUUGACAGGCGGGCCACCGGGCGGACCAGGCGCGGGUGGUGUGCCACCGCCACCGGGUACGCCGGGUUCAAAUCGUUGCUGUGAUACUGGACGGACAAUCUACACGGAUCCCGUUAGCGGUCAGACGCUGUGCUCGUGUCAAUAUGAUAUGCUUAGUUAUCAGCGUUUGGCGGCCGCUGGCGGACUUGUCACAGGACCGGGUGGUGUGCCGAUUGGCGUCUAUCCGGAGGGCAUGUCUGCGUAUUUGUCGGGCAUAGCGGCCGAACAGCCGCCAUUCUAUGCGAAUCCGGCCGGCUUGGAUUUAAAAGAGAAUUUAGUAGCUAGUGGUGCGCCUUGGCCAUAUCCAUCAGUGUAUCAUCCCUACGAUGCGGCGUUCGGCUAUCCAUUCAAUAGUUAUGGUGUCGACUUGAAUGGAGCGCGUCGCAAAAAUGCCACACGUGAGACCACAUCUACGCUGAAGGCCUGGCUGAACGAACACAAAAAGAACCCAUACCCCACCAAGGGGGAGAAAAUCAUGCUGGCAAUAAUUACGAAAAUGACGUUGACGCAGGUGUCGACAUGGUUCGCGAAUGCGAGAAGAAGACUGAAAAAGGAAAAUAAAAUGACGUGGGAGCCUAGAAAUCGCGUCGAUGACGAUGACGCCAAUAUCGAUGAUGACGAUCACAAGAGCACCGAUGACAAUGAUUUGCUAGAUGCUAAAGACUCCGGUCUCGGCUCAAAUGACGACAAAGAUCGCUCGAAUCGUCUUGGCGACCUUGGCGAUCGUCCUGGUGAGAGCAACAACAGCGAAUGGUCUGGUUCGCGUACCGGCUCACCUAAUGGCUCGCCCGACCUUUACGAUCGCCCCGUCGGCAUGCCAGGCGGUGGCCAUCCACUUUUCCAUCCCGCCGCAUUGCAUCAUCACUUCCGCCCGCCAGCCGGUUCACCACCCGACAUCGCCGCGUACCACCAUCAUCAGCAACAGUUGCUGCAGCAGCAUCAGCAGGCACAACAGAACUCAUUGCAGUCCGCGGGCGGUGUCGGUGGCGGCAGCACAAGCGCCAGUUUAGCGGCGAAACCGCGCAUAUGGUCCCUAGCGGAUAUGGCCUCCAAGGACGGCAAAGACUCGUCGUCAAAAGACAGUCCCCCCGGCAGUAUGGGCUUGGCAAGUGUCGGCCUUGGCGAACUACCACCCACACAUCCUGCUCUCUACGGCCAUCCCACGCAACACGCCUCCCCAGGUAAGAUUCUAUCGCCACUGGCGGCGCGUAUACCAAACUAUUCGCCUUACGUGCGACCCGACCUCUAUCGCGGUUUCUAUGGGCCCGCUGGCCUAACCGGCCCGUCUCAGGAAUUUCUCGAGCAUCAGCGCAAUUUCGGCGCCAGUUUGGCCGCGCACAAUGGCCUCAGCAUGAAUCCGCUACUGUGGAAGGCAGCAGUCGCUGGCGGUACGCCAUUCGCGCCACUAAGCCUAACCACGACCGGCAACCAUCAUACACCACAACAUGUGCCGCCACCAGCGGGUGCAUCGCCAUCGGCCUCUAGCACCUCCUCGUCAAUUGGAUGUGAUGUCGUGCAGCCUCCCACAUCCAUGAGUCUAGCACAAUCACACCAUAUAGGACCCAUAUCGGGCAAUUCGAACUCCUCAUCGAACUCCUCCAAUUCGGGUAAACUGUCUCCAGGCAAACCAUGACAGUUGACGGUAUCACCAACACCGCCGGCAGCCACAGCCACUACAACGACGGCUCUGUUGACCGGUGUGAAUACGUCACAGCCACCGCCUCGGUCGACGGCGCCCACGUCGACCUCGAUGCUGCUCGUCAGCACACCAUCGCCUGCGCUCACACACACACAUACCCAUACGCACACGCACACAUUGACACAUGUGAUACCGGCGGCGGCAGCGGCCGCAGCAGCAGCCGCUUCCUCGCCAAUGUCCGCCUUUCGUUCGUUGAUCGCUUUCCGCGAACAGCAUUUGCAACAGCAAGCGCCCAAAGUAACGCUACGGCCGUAAUUCGAGCGACGUAACUGCGACUGUAAAUGACUGCGUUGUGUGCUAUGUAUGUAGUAGUGGAUGAAAGGUGAGCGUAGUGCUGUGGGCGCAUUGAAAUUGAGAAUUUGUACUAUCGGACAAUAAUUUACAUGUGAUUUGAUAAUUUUUAAUUGAGAGCAAGCGGUGAGUACAGCCCACUUGAAGACGUUUACACCAAAAAGUAUUUGAUUAGCCGAGAAAUAUUCAGCGAAAAUAAAUAUAAUAUUAAGUUAACAGCAUUAGACACUUUCGGGAACCACUCAAACAGUACUAAGCUGGUCGAAAUUUCUCUUUUUCUACUUCUUUUUUAUUUCUUUGCAAAUAAGAGGGAAGCGAAGAAAACGAAAUUAAUGGAAAAUACACUGAGAAAAAAAAAAUGAAAUUCAUAGAAAUACAACUUAUGCAAACAGAGCUUAUAGAAAGUAACAGUUAAUAAAAGAAAUUGUAAAAAGCAAGAGAUACACCGAUUGAAGGAAAAAAUUGUAAAGGAAGUACCUUAGAAGAUGAAUAGGGAGAGUAGCAUAUGAGGUGUAAAGAAGAAGGAUUUCGAAACUGUCAUUUCAGAUGUAAUAUGAAGUAAAAGUAUUCAAAUAUUGUAUUCACAUACAUAGUCCAGACACAAACUGAGUAUCAGUGAAAAAUUUGCGCCACAAGAUUUAUUUCAGUUUUGCAAGAUAACAAACAAAAAAAAACAAAAAAAAAACAUAUCAGAGUGCAGCAAGGCAGUAAGGAGUGCAGAAAUAUUUUCAAUAGUUGUAAGAUUUUUCUUUUGUUUUUUUUUUUUCAAUGUAUGGUAUACUCUAACACUGUAUAGUCACUUAGGUUGUUUUGUAUUGUUUUAAGUCUUAAACGUUUUUGUUCCUGUCGUUUGUAAAAUAAUUUAUUAAUUAAUAAAAAAAUAUUUAUUUGCAACUUUCAUGUUGAUAGAGCAAACAAAAAAUACCGUGCACAAUUUUGAAAAAAAAAAAAUUUUACAAAAAAUAUUAAAGAAAAGUGUGAAAUCCCCUGAGAGUUACAAACCCAUUGAAAUCAGAAAAAAAACGGUAAAAGUGUAUAUUUUUUUGUAAAUUGUAAAUAAUCGCAUGUAUACAGAUUUGUGUUUUAUUUGGCACAUACAUCUACUUAUACAAUAACUACAUAUUUAGACAUAGCGGAGAGUUACCGUAAAUAAGUGAAUAGCAUUUAGUGAAAAUGUAUGUAAUGUAUUAAAAUAAAAAUAGUCAUAAAGCAAACUUAAACGUAAUGGAAUGUAAUGUAAUUAAUAGUACGUACUUUCAAACAGAACCAAGCAGUGCAGUAUGUAAUAAAAAUAAUUACUCUAAUGCAGAAAGUAAAACAAAAAAACAAAAACUAAAAAUUAAUAAAUAAAUAUAUUAAAGAAAUACAGUUGAAUAUUCAACGCAUUGUACCAUUGUAAUUGUAGUAACUAUAAUUUAAUUACAUUUUGCAUUAGCAAUAACGGAAAGUAAAAAGCGCAAAAGUGUGGAAAAAAGCAAACAAAACAAACGAACGGAGCGAAGCGAAGCGAAGAACUGUUAGUUGUAGCAGGCAUGUCAAACGUUGCGACGCUGCAAAUCAAAUUGUGAAAUCGCAAAAACAAAUUGAAAACAAAGCAAAUAUUUAUUAGCUGAUUGAUUGUUAAGCCGCCGCAGCGUCGUUAUCAGUUGUUCAUUCGCUCAUUUGUUCAGUGCGGGAAAUGGCUUGUGAGUAUUGUGUCAGCAGCGGUACGCCUAUGUAAAGCACAGGUAUAUAUGUUUGUAUGUAUGUAUGAAAACGCACGCGCAAGAACACAUACCCUCCCACAAAUGCACACGCACACAGUGAGUAACGGUUAAGCAAUGGAAGCGCAAUGGCAAUGAAAUGCAGUAAUUAGUUGCAAUAUAAAAAUUAAUCCCAAAAUAAAGAAGUAAAUAAAAAAUAAAUCAAAAAUAAUAAAUAAAACAGAUAUGAAAAAAUUUAAA